AUGAUGACUUCCUGUGCUUCUCUCUUGCAGGAACAACCUUGCUCAGACUCUUCUAUGACCCCACCUACUCCCUGUCAGGUCCAAACUCCUGGCUGGGCAAGGUCUAGGUGAAUUAUGCCUGCUAGUGAUUUGCAGUAGGCUGCGUAGAGGAACAGAAACAGUUCUGUGAGCCAGUGAUGCCAAUGCACCGACUUCCCGCUUGGCUGACCACAGUGGUCUAUGGGUUCCUGCUCCUACCACUCCAGAUCCAGGGCCAGGACCCAGCCAGCCCCAUCAGGACCACACACACCGGGCAGGUGCGGGGCAGCCUCGUCCAUGUGGAGGACACCAAUGUGGGAGUCCACACCUUCCUGGGAAUUCCCUUUGCCAAGCCACCUGUUGGACCACUGCGCUUUGCCCCCCCGGAGCCCCCUGAACCUUGGAGUGGUGUGAGGGAUGGCACCUCCUACCCAGCCAUGUGUCUGCAAAAUGCUGAUACAACAAAUGCACUGAUUCUGAUGAUCUUGAAGCUAGAUAUACCACCCUUCUCCACCUCUGAAGACUGCCUUUAUCUCAACAUCUAUUCGCCUGCCAGUGCCCACGAGGGCUCUAACCUGCCUGUGAUGGUGUGGAUCCAUGGUGGUGCACUGGUUGCAGGUAUGGCUUCCUUGUAUGAUGGAUCCUUGCUGGCAGCCACUGAGGAUGUGGUGGUGGUCGCUAUCCAGUACCGCCUGGGAGUCCCGGGCUUCUUCAGCACUGGAGACCAGCAUGCCACUGGCAACUGGGGCUACCUGGACCAGGUGGCCGCCCUACGCUGGGUGCAACAGAACAUCGCCCACUUUGGAGGCAACCCUGACCGUGUCACCAUUUUUGGCGAGUCUGCAGGUGGCACAAGUGUGUCCUCACAUGUCGUGUCCCCCAUGUCCCAAGGACUGUUCCAUGGUGCCAUCAUGGAGAGUGGGGUGGCCCUGCUGCCAGACCUCAUCUCCAGCUCCUCUGAUGCAGUCUCCUCAGUGGUGGCCAACCUGUCUGCCUGUGAGCAGAUGGACUCAGAGAUGCUAGUGCGCUGCCUGCGAGCCAAGAGUGAAGAGGAAAUGCUGGCUAUUACCAAGACCUUCAAGAUCAUCCCUGGUGUUGUGGAUGGGGCCUUCCUACCCAGACACCCCAAGGAGCUGCUGGCCUCUGCUGACUUCCACCCUGUCCCUAGCAUCAUUGGUGUCAACAAUGAUGAGUAUGGCUGGCUCCUCCCCAUGCUCUCAGGAGUUUCUGACACCAUAAAGGGAAUAAAUAGAAAGACCUUGCCAGCUGUUAUGCAGAAAACGGUAGGAAUCAUGAACUUGCCUGCUGAGUGUGCUGAUCUGCUGAUGGAAGAGUACAUGGGGGACACUGAGGACCCCCAAGCCCUCCAAGCCCAGUUUCAAGAGAUGAUGGGCGACUUCAUGUUCGUGAUGCCUGCACUGCAAGUAGCACAUAUUCAGCGUUCCCAUGGCCCUGUCUACUUCUAUGAGUUCCAACAUCCUCACGGCUUCAUGAAAAACCUCAAGCCCCCGCAUGUGAGGGCUGACCAUGGUGAUGAGGUUGCCUUUGUCUUCGGGUCCUCCUUUUGUGGCAGCAACUCUCACUUUUCUGAGGAGGAGGAACUACUGAGCAGGAGGAUGAUGAAGUACUGGGCCAACUUUGCUCGGAAUGGGAACCCCAACAGCGAAGACCUGCUCCACUGGCCCAUGUUUGACCUAAAUGAACAUUACCUCCAGCUGGACCUCCAUCCUGCAGUGGGCCAGGCCCUGAAGGCCUCCAGGCUGAAGUUCUGGACCAAGACCCUGCCCCAGAAGAUCCAGGAGCUCAAGGGCACUAAGGAGAAGCACCUAGAGCUGUAGUGAUCUAUGUGAGGAAGAAUGGUCUUCAGUGUGGGUAGGAUUAGCAUGAGGUGCCCAUACGUUCACCACUAAGUAGGAAUUGCCUUGAUCAUUCACUUAGCCAUUCAUACCUUCUUUAUUCAGUGAGCCGGCCAGCUAACCAGCCAAUGUUUAUGAAGAACCUCCUGCAUGAUGUUCAUGACCAACUUGCCUGAGCUCUCUCUUCCUAGACACACUGAAUAAAUGUGCCGAUGGCAAUGAAGCUGCAGGAGUCCCUAUGGUGCUUACUGUUCCCCAUACCCACUGGGACUUUCCCCUUCCUUCCUUGCUGUUGUCGUCUCCCCAACCUCUGUCUGCUCCUAGCCUCCAGGCCAUCUUGAAAUAAAGAGGAUAUCUUGAACAUGUUACCCAUAUCGUACCAGGGGUGACAUGUUGUUAAGCAAGCCCCAUUUGCUUUUCUAACUUCUAAGUAGCC